CUCCCUCUUCUUCUUUUCCUCUCUCUUGAUUCCAGCAGUACAGAAUCACUGAACAGCAGCAGCAGCAGCAGCAGCAGCAACAGACUCACUCGGCACGGCGAGGACUUGCAUAUAAACACUCGUCCUGUGUUGAGUAUGCAGGAGGUGAAAAAUGGGGAUGGCAGCGGUUAUUUAACCAGGAUGGAUUUUACAGACCUCUUAACACCUGUAAUGGACUCCACACCAGCCACUUUAACACCCAGCUCUUCUCUGGAGAAUGUCAGCCAAGCAUCUUCUUCCUCAUCGCGGUCUCCUCCUCUACCUCCUCACUCACAGUUGGCGUCGGUCUUCAUCGUGCUGGUGGUCACGGUGAUUAUCCUGGGGACUGUGGUGGGGAACGUGCUGGUCGUGGUGGCGGUGUUUACCAGCCGUGCACUACGAGCACCCCAAAACCUCUUCCUGGUGUCUCUUGCGUCAGCAGACAUACUUGUGGCGACUCUGGUCAUCCCCUUCUCCUUGGCGAAUGAGGUGAGGAAAUAGAUUUUCUGAU